UGCGCGGAGUUUAUGAGAACAUGAGCUAAUGGAUGAAUACACAAACGUAUGCAAUGAGUGUUAUUAUAUCAUACAGCGUAAUACUACACGCGUUAAGGACACGUAUCUUAUGAUUGCCACACAUUUAUCCCAAUCGGUUGCCGUAAACAUUGGUUAAUAUUUAGCUAGCAGUAACAGCUCUGCAACAUCAACAUGUCACACUGGACCAAAUUCGAAAAGGAGACUGAGAGCGAAACCAAGAAUUUGAUCAAAUGUAUGAGCGGGAUCCAAGAUGAGGAUGAUCAAAACUUCCAGCUGGCACUGAAAUUCGCUUGGUCUAACUUCAAGUUCCACCGUUACCUUGAUGUUGACAGCCAUAAAAUCCAGCGUAGUAUAAGUGGGAUUUACGAAAAGCUCAUGGUACACUCUGACAUAUGUAAAGCUGAGAGCUGGUCGAGACUGACUGAAGAAUUCUUGAACUCUCCUUUACCAAACACAGAGGGGACUAAGACUGAUGUUCAUCAUAGUAUCCUUUCACUAUUGCUCUUCUUAUCGGGGUCCCCAUCAAACACAAAUUUCACUGAGAGACCCAGGUUGAAAGAGGCUGAGCAAGAGGAUCAUUUUGAUUGGGCUAAAUAUUUGAUAGAAGGCGAGGACAUAGACAUUGGACCUUUCCCAGAUACGCCUGAGUGGUCUGAGGAAGAGAAUGACGAGGAAGACAGCCAACAGCCAAUCAGCAGGGGGGACUCUGGCAUCCAGGUGGACAGAACUCCUCAGGAGGAUCAGGAGAACACAAAUAAAACUGUUCCAGUCACAUGGACAGUAGGUGAGCCUGAUGCCCGUGCGUGGCUUGAGCAGCAUGUGGUGACACCGUAUUGGGUAGCUCACGCCCCUCGUUUCUCUCACAGUUUACAUUUACACUCCAACUUGCUCAAUGUUUGGGACCAACACUUAUAUAACACUGAUCCAUUAUAUCUGCCAGAAGAAAAGUCCUUUGUCACAGAGACUCAAGUUAUACGGGAGACAUUAUGGCUUCUCUCUGGUCUGAAGAAACACUUUAUAUUUCAACAUCAUGAUGGGAAAGUGUCAGUAAGGAAUAAUGUAGUAGUGACUCAUCUGACCAGUAAUUGCUUGCGCUCUGUCCUGGAACAUAUAGCUGUGUAUGGUCAGGCAGUCUUUAGGCUGCAAAAGUUCAUAGAUGAGGUGACUGGAUACAACUCUGAGCCAUGUCCUCCUGGCUCUGGCUCUGGCUCUGGCUCAGGCUCAUCCCAUAGCUCCAAGAAGGGCUCUGAGCCUCCCUUCAGGACCUAUCAGGCCUUUGUCUGGUCACUCUAUAAGUACUUCACCAGCUUCAAAGAGGAGUUGACUACAAUAGAGAAAGAACUCAUAUGCAAAGAUGAGACAGUGACCUUGUCUGCUGUUCUGGAGCGACUCAGCCCUCACUUGGCACAGAUCAAAGUGCUGCACAAAGUUUUUUGUACUGGAGUCGCCGAAGUCCCCCCAGAGACCCCCAACGUUGUGCGGGCUUCACACUUGCUCAACACCCUUUACAAGGCUAUCAUUGAAUAUGAUAGUGUUGGGGAGGCAUCAGAGCAAGCUGUGGCACUAUUAUUUUCAUUGUGGACAGAGACAGUCAGACCAUACCUGGAGAUUGUUGAUGAAUGGAUAGUUCAUGGACACCUAUUUGACCCAGCCAAAGAGUUUAUCAUCCAAAGGAACAAGGAUGUGCCAGUAAACCACAGGGACUUCUGGUAUGCCACUUACACAUUGUACAGCGUGUCCGAGACAGUGGAAAAUGAGGAGAAGCUUAAUGACGCUGCCAGUGGGAGCUCUGGAGGGGAUCAGGGCUCCAGCAGCAGGCAGCUCACCAUGGUGUCCUUCCUCAAACCUGUCCUGAAGCAGAUUAUCAUGGCUGGAAAGUCCAUGCAGCUGCUCAGAAAUUUAGACUGCAAGGAGACUGAGCCAUGUCAAAGCUCCUCUAGAGAUGCUGAGAGGAAGAGUUUAUACACACUGUUCCUCGAGUCAGUGCAGUCACGUCUAUGCAGUCGUGAGCAAUCACCAACAGAUACAAUUACUGAGCAACAGGCCACCAAGAGGAGCCUUAUAAAGAUGCAGUCCAUUGUGGCACAGCACCUGCAGAUCAAUGAUGUCCAUGAUCCACUGUUGGCCAUCAAUUUUGCAAGGCUCUACCUGGAGCAGAGUGACUUCCAUGAGAGGUUUUCCGGAGGGGAUUUCAUAGUAGACCGUUCAUCUCAGUCUGUGACUUGCCAGACAUUUGAAUUGACCCUGCGCUCUUGUCUUUACCCUCACAUUGAGAGGCGGUACAUUGAGUGUUGCGGGAACCUUAUGAAGACACUGAAGAAGGACUACAAAUUGUUGGAAUACCUACAAGCUAUGAGGAACUAUUUUCUCCUGGAGGCUGGAGAUACUAUGUAUGACUUCUAUACAGCCAUCUUUGACAAAGUGCUAGAAAAGGAAAGCUGGCAACAGCUCUCUUUUCUCAAUGUGCAGCUGCAGGAGGCAGUUGGGCAGCGCGACCCAGAGGACAGUAGCAGGUUAUCCAUUUUCUUGGAGACCAUAGACCCUGCCAGGAAAAAGCAGCCUGUGAAUAAUCUAGAUGUGCUCACCUUGAGUUACAAGGUUCCCUGGCCUGUUGACAUUGUGAUCAGCUCUGAGUGUCAGAGGAUCUACAAUCAAGUGUUUCUUCUUCUGCUGCAGAUUAAAUGGGCAAAAUACAGUUUAGACACACUGCGAUUCAGUGAUUUGACUGUGGUCACCAAGAAACUGGAUGGAAACACAGCUGAGGAAGCAACAUUCAAAGAACCUAUGAAUCAACAGAUUCACCGGAUGUGUCUGCUGCGGGUCAAAUUGAUGCACUUUGUCAACAGUCUGCACAACUACAUCAUGACUAGAAUCCUGCAUAGCACUGGGUUAGAGUUUCAGCACCAGGUACAGGACGCCAAGGACCUGGACCAGCUGAUCAAGAUCCAUUACAGAUACCUGUCAACCAUUCAUGACCGCUGUUUGCUGAGGGAGAAGGUCAGUUUUGUGAAGGAGGCAAUAAUGAAGGUUCUCAAUCUAGUGCUUAUCUUCUCUGAUCGAUGGCAAGCCGGAUUUGGUGCUUGGAAGAUAGAGUCCAUAGAUAAGAUGGAGUCAGAUUUCAAAAACUGUCACAUGUUCCUUGUGACUAUACUGAACAAAGCUGUGUGCCGUGGCUCAUUUCCUCAUUUGGAGUCUCUCGCCCUGUCUCUGAUGGCUGGUUUUGAGCAGUGCUGAGGGCAGGCUGACGUAUGGAUGUUUUUGCCUGACAUCUGAACUCGACUGUGUGGUUCUCUGUCUCAUCCCUCCUGUCUGUGACUGCAGUCGUUGUUCAGUGAUAACUUGCAUCAUAACAUGUGAGAUGUGUGAUUAUGUCACUGUCUGCACUGCAAUAGAUGUAGGACUUGGGCAACCUGGUGUCACAGAGUGCUGUGUGUCUUUUGAAGACAGAAUUCGUACAUACCCUUUGUGCACAUUUAGAGCUCUCUAUGGCAGCUUCUAGUUUUGUAUAUUUUUUUUUACAUCCUGUCAUGUUUUUUGUGAUUAACAUGUACAUAUUAUGCACAAUAAA